UUUAUUCCAGGGAAACACCCUGCAGAGAUGGCCUGGAGGAAUCGCAGCACCAUCACCAAGUUUAUUCUCACUGGGCUGUCCGACGACCCCCACAUCCAGGCUCUGCUCUUUGUGCUUUUCCUGGGGAUUUAUCUCCUAACCAUGAUGGGGAACUUGAUGCUGCUGCUGGUGAUCAGAGCUGAUUCCCGCCUCCACGCACCCAUGUACUUCUUCCUGAGUAACCUGUCCUUCCUAGACCUCUGCUUCUCUUCUGUCACUCUGUCCAAGCUACUGAAGGACCUUCUGUCUGAGAAGAAAACUAUUUCAGUAGAGGGCUUCGUGGCUCAGGUGUUCUUUGUGUUUGUCACUGCAGGGACUGAAGCCUUUCUGCUCUCCGUGAUGGCCUAUGACCGCUAUGUCACCAUCUGCCACCCUCUGCUCUAUGGCCAGGUGAUGAGCAGCUAGCUCUGUGUGAGGCUGGUGCUGGCCUCAUGGGGCCUGGCCUUUCUCAAUGCAUUUGUCAUUGUGCUCUUGGCUAUUAACCUGGACUUCUGUGAGGCCCAAACCAUACACCACUACACCUGUGAGCUGCCUGCUCUUUUCCCUCUGUCUUGCUCUGAUAUUUCCAUCACAACCAAUAUCCUUCUGUCCUCCAGUUUACUGCAUGGGCUGGGAACCUUCCUCCCAAUCUUCUUCUCCUAUGCCCGUAUUAUCUCCAUCAUCCUGAGCAUCAGCUCCACCUCAGGCAGAAGCAAGGCCUUCUCCACCUGCUCCUCCCACCUCAUCGCAGUGAUCCUGUUCUUUGGUUCAGGUUUUCUUUGUUAUCUCAUGCCUCCGUCUCCUUCCUCCUUAAAUUUAAUUUUUUCCAUACAGUACAGUGUGGUCACUCCUCUAGUGAAUCCCCUUGUCUACAGCUUGAAGAACAAGGAAGUAAAAGCAGCUCUCAAAAGAAUGUUGCAAAAAGGUUUACAACAGCUCAGAGAGCAGAGAACAGGCUUUCCCAGCUGUAUGGAAUAA